AUGGACCAGUAUGGGCCAGUAUGGAUCAGUAUGGACCAGUAUGGGCCAGUAUGGACUGAUAUAAACCAGUAUGAACCAGACCCCCAAAUUGACCCCAAACCGCCCGAGGCGGGGCCGGGCCCGGGCGGGGCCGCGGCCGCCGGCGGCGCGGGGGCGGGUCCGGGCGAGGCCCCGCCCCCUUACUCGCCACUGGGCAGCCCCGAGGCGGCGGGGGCGGGGCCUCCGGCGGUCACGUGCCGCGUCUGCCAGCGGCCAAUCAGCGUCGAGGGGAAGACGCACCAGCACGUGGUGAAGUGCGGGGGGUGUGGCGAGGCCACGCCAAUCAGGACGGCCCCCAGCGGGAAGAAGUACGUGAGGUGCCCGUGCAACUGCCUGCUGGUGUGCCGCGCCUCGGCCCAGCGCAUCGCCUGCCCCCGGCCGUACUGUAAGAGGAUCAUCAACCUGGGCCCGGUGCAGACGGGCGCGCCCAGCCCUGACCCCGCCCCCGGGGGCGUGCGCGUGGCCUGCGCCCACUGCGGGGGGCCCUUCCUGGUGAGCCCCGCCCCUUUUGGCCACGCCCACCUCAUUGUGCAUGCUUGGCCACGCCCCCUUCAUCAUCACACCUCCUUUUGUAACCGUACCCCCUUUGUGGCCACGCCCCCUUUCCCCUCAUUGGCUCCACUGCUGGGGGCCCUUCCUGGUGAGCCCCGCCCCUUUUGGCCACGCCCACCUCGUUAUGCAUGCUUGGCCACGCCCCCUUCCUGACCACGCCCCCUUCCUGGCUCCACUGCACCCGCCC